CCCCUGCAGGUGAUGGACAGGUAGCAGAAGAUUUCACUUUGCUAUCAGGGAAUCAGAAUGACCGAGUGCUUCCUGCCCCCCACCAGCAGCCCCAGUGAACACCGUCGAGUAGAGCACAGCGGGGGUCUCGCUCGUACCCCCAGCUCGGAAGAGAUCAGUCCUACAAAAUUCCCUGGAUUGUACCGCACCGGUGAGCCCUCGCCGCCUCACGACAGCCUGCAUGAGCCUCCAGAUAUAGUGUCUGAUGAUGAAAAGGAGCAUGGGAAGAAGAAAGGAAAGUUUAAGAAGAAAGAAAAAAGAACGGAAGGUUACGCUGCAUUUCAAGAGGACAGUUCUGGCGAUGAAGCUGAAAGUCCUUCCAAGUUGAAGCGCUCCAAGGGAAUACACGUCUUCAAGAAACCCAGCUUCUCCAAAAAAAAGGAAAAGGAUUUCAAAAUCAAAGAGAAACCCAAAGAUGAAAAACACAAGGAAGACAAACAUAAGGAAGACAAACAUAAAGAGAAGAAGUCAAAAGACUUGACUGCAGCAGAUGUGGUAAAACAGUGGAAAGAGAAGAAGAAAAAGAAGAAGCCAAUUCAGGAGACAGAGAUACCUCAAGUGGAUGUCCCGAGCCACAGGCCCGUGUUUGGCAUUCCUUUGGCUGAUGCGGUGGACAGGACCAUGAUGUACGAUGGCAUCCGCCUGCCGGCGGUUUUCCGUGAAUGUAUAGAUUACGUGGAGAAGUACGGCAUGAAAUGUGAAGGCAUCUACAGAGUUUCAGGAAUAAAAUCAAAAGUUGAUGAGCUAAAAGCAGCCUAUGAUCGAGAAGAAUCUCCCAACCUGGAAGAAUAUGAGCCCAACACAGUAGCCAGCUUGCUGAAGCAGUACCUACGAGAACUGCCUGAAAACUUGCUUACCAAAGAGCUGAUGCCCCGCUUUGAAGAUGCUUGUGGGAAGAGCACAGAGGCUGAGAAAGUUCAGGAGUGCCAGAGGCUGCUGAAAGAGCUGCCGGAGUGCAACCAUCUCCUGAUCUCCUGGCUGAUUGUGCACAUGGACCACGUCAUUGCAAAGGAGCUGGAAACAAAAAUGAACAUCCAGAAUAUUUCGAUAGUGCUCAGCCCUACUGUCCAGAUCAGCAACCGUGUCCUGUAUGUAUUUUUUACACACGUUCAGGAGUUCUUUGGGAACGUGACCCUAAGGCAGGUGACAAAACCCCUUCGCUGGUCAAACAUGGCAACGAUGCCAGCACUUCCAGAAACACAAGAAAGCAUCAAAGAAGAAAUCAGGCGACAGGAAUUCCUACUGAACUGUUUACACAGAGACUUGCAGGCAGGGAUAAAAGACUUAUCCAAAGAAGAGAGACUCUGGGAGGUGCAAAGAAUUUUAACAGCUCUUAAGAGGAAACUAAGAGAAGCUAAGAGACAGGAGUGUGAAACAAAGAUUGCACAAGAAAUUGCUAGCCUUUCAAAGGAGGAUGUCUCCAAAGAAGAAAUGAAUGAGAACGAAGAAGUUAUAAAUAUUCUGCUUGCACAGGAGAACGAGAUUUUAACAGAGCAAGAAGAACUGCUGGCCAUGGAGCAGUUCCUGCGCAGACAGAUUGCCUCAGAGAAGGAAGAAAUCGAUCGCCUUCGAGCAGAAAUAGCUGAAAUACAAAGUCGCCAACAGCACGGCCGAAGUGAAACUGAGGAAUAUUCUUCCGAGAGUGAAAGUGAGAGUGAAGAUGAGGAGGAGCUGCAGGUCAUCCUGGAAGAUUUGCAGAGACAGAAUGAGGAGCUGGAGAUAAAGAACAAUCACCUGAACCAAGCGAUUCAUGAGGAGCGAGAGGCCAUCAUCGAGCUGCGAGUGCAGCUUCGACUGCUGCAGCGAGCUAAAUCAGAGCAGCAGGUGCAGGAGGAAGAGGAGCCAGAAAAACGCGGGGGCGUUUCUCAGCAGCAGCAGCAGCAGCAGCGAGACAGCGGCCUGGAGACGAAAGCAGCCAAAGAGCAGCCAAAAGCAAGCAAGGAGCAGCAAGUCAAGCCAUCGCCAAGUAAAGACAGGAAAGAAACUCCUAUUUGAUCUGGCUCCUUGGAGAUGCAUCAACUCAACUGAACUGUGCAAAUUACUGUAAUGUGAGUCAAACUGCACAAAUUAUUGCUGGCUGUGUACAUUCUGUAAAGAAACUUCUCUUUUAAGCCCUGGAGACUUUUGUCUCUAACACUUGUGGCUUCUACUUAUCAGACUCAGGUGAGUUUGGAGAAGCCAGAAGAGUUUUCCAGUUAGUAUCAGAUUAUUUCAAGACUGGUUUCCUUCAGGUGAUUUAAAAUAAUUCAGUAACACUUUUAUUUUAAACCAAAAUCAUCAUUUCCAUUCAU